AUGGCGCAGGACACGGCCAGCGCCAUUCUCAAGGACGAGGAGGCCCUGGGCCUUCGCGAGGAGAAGAAGACUCAGGACUUCUCCGCGGAGGCCGACGCGCUCAUCCAGCGCAUGGAGCGCGCCCGCGAGGCGAGCAGGCAGGCGUGGGUGGGUGGGUGGGUGGGUGCAUGCAAGGGGUAUGCAUGCAAGGGGUGGGUAUGGGAGGUGUACGCAGGCAAGGGGGGUGACCAGUGGUCAGGGGAGUGGACUUUGCUGCAGAUUUUCGUCGAAGUCGAACGCGCGCGGCUCAUUUUGUUGGCAGCGCUGAUGAAGGAAGAGGCCGGAGACGUCGAAGGCGCGGCGCUCAUGCUGCAGGACGUGCAGGUGGAGACUUUCGGGGCAAUGGACCGCGAAGAAAAGACGAAGUAUAUUCUGAAGCAGAUGAUGCUGCUGCUGCGGAAGUCGGACUUCAUCCGGUGCCAGAUCGUCAGCAAGAAGCUGAGUCCGAAGUUGCUGGAAGCAGCAGAUUUGCAAGUUUUAAAAGUCAAAUAUUAUGAACUCAUGACCGUUUAUUAUUUGCACGAAGACGCACUUCUUGAUGUUGCAAAAUGUUUUGGCCACAUUUACAACACGCAGAUCAUCCGCGACGACCCCGCGCGCAUGAACGAGUGCCUCGAGUUCUUCAGCAUCUUCAUGGUCCUCGCGCCCUUCGACUCCGAAGCCCAAGAGCUCAUUUCAAAAACCCUAAAAGAAGAAAUCAAGAAGCUGCAGCAGCUGCCCACUUUCGAGCAGCUGCUGAGGGACUUGUCGGGAGAAGAACUUCUCUCUUGGCCUUUGCCUUAUGAUGAAAAUUUGCAUAUGCAUGCAGCUUUUGGCGAAGACAAGUUCCCCGGAGGAGAGAAGAGGUGGACGCUGCUGCGGAAACGCGUAAUCCAGCAUAACCUCCGAGUCUUGUGCGCAAACUACAGUGUCAUUCAUUUGCAGCGCGUGGCUUCGCUGCUGGGGAUUCCCGAAGAGGAGGCAGAGUCAGAGCUCUCGGAGCUGGCCAGCGCGGGAGUUCUGGAUGCAAAGAUAGAUCGGCCGGCAAGAACUGUGGCAUUUGGAAAGCCCAAAACGGAUUUAGUAGUUUUAGAAGAAUGGUCUUCUUCGUUGUCGAAGCUGCUGGACAAGGUGGACCUCUGCUGCCACAUGAUCCAGAAAGAACGCAUGGUGCAUGCAGCGCGUGCAAAGGCAGCAGCAGCAAACGCCAGAAUGGCUUCUUGA